GUUCAUCUGCUCUUCAACAUUAAUUUUCUUCCCAAUUUUUGUUUCUCAAAUUCACUCCUCGGCGAGGUCUCGGAGAUUUCCCGCAAAUCCCAGGAAAAAAGAGGAAUAGGAAAUGGCCGACGCCGAGGACAUCCAGCCCCUUGUCUGUGACAAUGGAACCGGAAUGGUCAAGGCUGGAUUUGCUGGAGAUGAUGCCCCUAGAGCUGUUUUCCCCAGUAUCGUCGGACGCCCUCGCCACACGGGUGUGAUGGUUGGGAUGGGCCAAAAGGAUGCCUAUGUCGGCGACGAGGCUCAAUCCAAGAGAGGUAUUCUGACCUUGAAAUACCCGAUUGAGCACGGUAUUGUUAGCAAUUGGGAUGAUAUGGAGAAGAUUUGGCAUCACACUUUCUACAACGAGCUCCGAGUGGCCCCCGAAGAGCACCCGGUUCUCCUCACAGAGGCUCCUCUCAACCCGAAGGCUAACCGUGAGAAAAUGACCCAAAUUAUGUUUGAGACCUUCAACACUCCGGCUAUGUAUGUCGCUAUCCAGGCCGUCCUUUCCCUCUAUGCCAGUGGCCGUACAACUGGUAUUGUCUUGGACUCGGGAGAUGGUGUGAGUCACACUGUCCCGAUCUACGAAGGAUAUGCCCUUCCACAUGCCAUUCUCCGUCUAGACUUGGCGGGUCGUGACCUCACCGACCACCUAAUGAAGAUCUUGACCGAGCGUGGUUACUCUUUCACCACCACGGCCGAGCGUGAAAUCGUCAGGGACAUGAAAGAGAAACUCGCCUACAUCGCUCUCGACUAUGAGCAAGAGAUGGAGACAUCGAAGACGAGCUCAGCGGUCGAGAAGACCUACGAGCUGCCCGACGGGCAGGUCAUCACGAUCGGUGCCGAGAGAUUCCGCUGCCCAGAGGUCCUCUUCCAACCGUCAUUCAUCGGGAUGGAAGCAGCGGGUAUUCACGAGACGACAUACAACUCCAUCAUGAAGUGUGACGUCGAUAUCAGGAAGGAUCUGUACGGAAACAUCGUCCUAAGUGGUGGAACCACCAUGUUCCCAGGCAUAGCUGACAGGAUGAGCAAGGAAAUCACUGCUCUCGCUCCCAGCAGCAUGAAGAUAAAGGUCGUUGCUCCGCCAGAGAGGAAAUACUCUGUCUGGAUUGGAGGGUCCAUCCUCGCUUCCCUCAGCACAUUCCAACAGAUGUGGAUAGCGAAGGCCGAGUACGAUGAAUCAGGACCGUCCAUUGUCCACAGGAAAUGCUUCUAGACAUUCGCAGAAGGUACUGAAAUCGAAGAGAACCAAAAAAGAAAAUUGCAUUUUGUGCCAAAGUGGAUUUACAUUACAACAUUUUUUCCUUCAAUGUUCUUCUAUUUCUUUGGUUUCAUUCCGUGUUGUUGUUUCAUUUUGGAAAAAUGGAUUUGGCCCUUUUUUUUAUUUUUAUAUCAAAUAUGAUUAUCA